AUGGGAUCACAGGAAUACUACGCAGAUGUCAAAGCACAGGAAAGCAUACAGUUGAACAAGAAAAUUCUUAUGUAUAUUCAAGAUGGAACUUCGUUGGGGUUCGGAUGUGGAGCAGGCAUACUACAAUUAGAAGGUUUACGCGGAUUUGGAUUUUUUGCAGCCUCUUAUUUGGCAGUGAUAGGCAUUUUCGUGGGAUGGUUCUGCAAGUUUAAACCUGCAAAAUAUUACCAAAGCCCGAUCCAAGAGAUCCUAGUGGAUUCACUGUUUAGGGAGCUUGCUGGAUUCGUGAUGGCCUGGACAUUCGUCCACGCAUUGGUCGGGUAG